AUACCAGGCCAGUAAUGUGGAUAUAAACCUAUUAAUAAUGACUCUACGAUUUAAUUCUCCCGCCCUCCUCCAUCCCAACCACACGUGAUCUGGGUGACGUCCCAGGCCUGUCUCAGUCCGGGAAGUCCUCCCCCGUCCAUUGACUGUGCACACAGGGCUGCUCUCCCCGGAGCUCGGACACUCGGUAUCCAUGGAUCCCCGCCGCCCAGCACUGCCAUGCCUUAUACUCAUACUCCUGCUGCUGGCGGGGGCCCUCGGCGUCCAGGCCACCAGGAACCGGGGCCACGACAAGCAGAACAACUCCUUCCGCAAGGCAGCCACCGGCUUCUACCAGACCAUGAGCAGUGUGUUCGGAGAGGACAACGUGAGGACCGUGCAGAAGUUUUUCUCACGACUGACGGAAAGGUUUGUCUAUGGUAUAGAUAUAUUGGUGGACACUCUCUGGAGAAUAUGGACAGAUCUCCUUGAUGUUCUUGGAAUUGAUGCAUCCAACCUGACACACUACUUCAGUCCUGUAGCAGUGGCUAACAACCCAACCCGAGCCCUUAUGUUGGUGGUUGCUGUUCUGAUUGCCUACUGGUUCGCAUCCCUGUUCCUGGGAUUCUUCUUUUACAUCUUACACAUCCUGUUUGGGCGAUUCUUCUGGUUGGUCAGAGUGUCCCUCUUUGCACUCUCAUGUAUCUACAUCCUACAGAAGUAUGAAGGGGAGCCUGAACAUGCCAUGCUGCCUCUUUGUUUUGUGGUGGCCGUCUAUUUUAUGACAGGGCCUGUAGGCCUUUACUGGAGGCGAAGCAGCAGCAACUUAGAAGAUAAGAUUGACCACUUAGACAGUCAAAUAAGGCUUUUAAACAUCCGUCUUACAAGGGUUAUAGAGAGUCUGGAUAGAGCCAGUGACCAGUAAUUUCCCGUGUUUUAAUUCUUCUGCACCAACUGCUUUUUACAUGAGAAGCACCAUUGUGUUUCCACACACCAGUUACCACUAAGAACUGUAAUUUAAUUUGGUAAGACACAUUUUUAAAUGCAAUAGCAAAAGGCCAAUUUUUGAUUAUAUUCAUUAAAAUAAAAUCUAAGAAAUUAGAUGUUUUUGACUCCUUCAUGGAAUCUAAAAUUCUAGAGCAGCGGUGGCCCCAAAACUUGAAGUUUCAGCUUUACAACUCCCAUAAGUCUAUACAAGCCAUUAACAAUAACAUUUAUGAGCAUUAUAGUGCAGUAACAGUUGGACGUAUGCGUUUCAUUCCUUCUAAAAUGGUGAGAGAGAAAAAGAAAACAAAAAUAUAUAUAUAUAAUUUUUUUUAUUUUUUUGUAAAUUACCUUUUAGUUCUUGUUAUCAGAUGACAACUUGCAAUUCUUUAUCCACCAAAUGUAUAGCUUGAAUAUAUAAAAGAAAAAGUGCAAGUACCAUAACCUACUUCAGUGGUUAUGGUGCCAGGUACCAUUCAGGCAUAAUCUGUCAAACUGUUUUAGCAGGAUUUCGUACUUUCUUGGGUUUCACUGGGUGGACAUAUUGCUUGCAGUCUUUAAAGAGAUGGAGAAGCUGAAUGUUAGUUUUAUUUAAUGCAGAAAUGGAUUCAACUCCUUUAUUGGCUUUGCUAAUGCUGUUAGCCAAUUAAUUAACACAUGCAUUGGUAUUGUAAGCAGUGUGAGCGACGCACGGAAGUGUUAAACUGUUCUAAAAUAGUUUGUCAAAUUUUGCUGAAAUGGUGAGUAGGCAUUCCUGGUACCAUAACCUCUACAGCAGGCUGUAAUGGUUAUGGUGCAUAGAAUGUCCCUUUAAUGGCUUGAGCAGCAUCCAGCAGAGUGGGACCUUACAUGGAACACAUGUGGUCAUGUGACAUAUUCAAACAAGAAAAUUUUCGAAUUAUGGUUUGUGUGUGUGUGUGCUCGUUUUAUGUGAUCUGUCAAAGCAACUCACUGCCUAAAAUUGAACCGAUGACUAUGAAUACAAUGUAAACUAUUAUUGGUUAUAUACUUUGAUUAUAUUAUUUUAGUGUGUAUGUAAAAUUUCUUAACCGUAAUACAUGUUUUCAAACGUGCUUUCUAAAUGGUCCUGUAUAAGAACAGGAUUUUUAUUAUUAUUGGGUGCAUACUGUCGUUACUUUUUCUAUAGCUGGUCUCUUAUUUGUGGUGCAUACUAUUUGCACAGUGCUGUGGAUUAGAGUACAUAUAUUGAGAAUCUUAUCUGGUGUGCUUGUAAAAGCAGUGCUGUAUAUUGUGCCACCUUUUGUAGGAUUACAAGUUUUUAUGACGUGUCGCUUUUGUUAUAUUAGGUGUUUUUUUAGGGCACUGUUGAUUAAUAAUGUUUUACAAGUGAUAUUUAGUUAUUUAGCAUUAGCAGCUGAAAUGUUAUGUAUGUUGCUGCUUAGGGCUUCUCAGGGUUAAUAAGCAGCAAUAAAGGAAGUAUUCUGUUUUCCAAAGUCAGAUUUUUAUUUCGUUUUUUUUUGUCUGCAAAGACUAAUGUAAAACCAGUUAUUAAUUCAUCUAGGAUGUGACAAACCUGGGACACUUGACCUAGGUUGCACCAGGUUCCUUGUUCCAGGGUACCUCCUUAAUCGGCUGACAAGGGUACUAACUGUCCAAAAGAAUAUAUUUGUGUAGUCACAUCUCAAACCAACUUGAGUUUAUAGUAAAUAGCCGUUUGAAUUUCCACCUUUUGUCUUUCCGGAUCAGUUCCUUUAAAAGCUGAUGGAAAGCCAUGGAUCAAUUGAUUAUAAAGCAAAUGUGUCAAAAUCUCCCUUCACAUUUGUGAACUAAAGCACCUGUCAUUCCCAACAAACAAUUUGUUUGCAGAGAAUUUGGGGAAUUUGAGCCCAUCAUUAUCUGGAGUGCUGUUGUAUGUAUUUUCCAUUUAACUCUUUUUAAAACUAGGGGCUUUACUCAUGCCGUCCAAUUGAGAAUUAACAUCACCUCCUCUAGGAGCUUUAUAAUAAUUAUAGUGUUUAAAGUGUGCUUUAUGCCGACAUAGGAAAUGCACUGAAUAACUAAGGGGCCUCAGGGAAAUGAAUCUGAACAUUUUUUAUUCUUUAAUGUUUAUAAAAUAUUAUAUAAGAACCUUGUAAAAGCAAACAAAUAUAAUCGUUAUCCAGCAUGCCCUUUAAAUAGUCCACAAAUGUUUAAUUGUGUAUAUGAGGUAAAAUACAUAUUUUAGUUGUUCCAGAUACUUGAAGUAAUUUAUCUUUUGAAAUUGCUGUGCAAUUUUACUUGUCCGUAUGCACAUAGAAAUAUUUAAUGUUUAGUGUGCUGCUUUACAUUAUUUAUAUUGGAAUUUUUAGAAUGUAUUUCAAUUUCCAAUUUGUGGUGUGUAUACUACUUCUAAAACAAUGAGUCAUUAGUAAGUAACGAAUAGCCUCAACUACUGAGCACACUUCACUCAUUCCCUUUAGCCUAUCUUAUUAGUGGAUUUACAAAAAUCACUGUUGCUAGAAGUCAAAGAACAGUCUUGUUCAAUUUGACUGUUUAAGGAACCAUUGACCUUUUUAAAAAAUAA